UUUAUGCAAAAAACGCAAAUAUUACUUGAAAUGUUUUAAAAAAAUUCUUGAAUAUUUAUUUACCACACAACACUCUGGUGAGUUUUUGUAAAAGAUAUGGCAUCACUUCUUCAUUGCGCACAGCUGACGAUAUGUAUAUAUACGAACUUCUGCACCUCAUUCAUUCAGCCAAAAUACCUCGUUUAUAAACAAUACUGAAAAUGUUUGUGGACUGAAAUUUAAUACAAAAAAUAAAUUUAAUUCAAUCUAUAAAUUUAAUAAAGUAGAAUUAUGGAGGAUUUACGCAAACUCGAAUAUCUGUCACUGGUAUCGAAAAUUUGCACCGAACUCGAUAACCAUUUGGGAAUAAAUGAUAAAGACUUGGCGGAGUUUAUUAUCGAUCUGGAAGAAAAAAAUUCAACUCUAGAUAGUUUCCGUACCGCACUGCAUAGUAAUGGCGCAGAAUUUCCAGAUUCAUUUGUUGCCAGUUUGCAACGUAUAAUAAAACUAAUGAAACCCAGUAGUGACGAUGACUUCAGCGAUAAUGUAAAUGUAAAGAGUGGCAAAAAAGAGCAACUAACGCACAUGUUUCCGGGUUUAGCAUUACCAAAUGAUAAAUUUAGCAAAUAUGAUAGUGGAAACGAAAGUGAAAGUGAAAGUGAAGCUGAAGAAACUAAUACCGAAAGUAUCAAUGCUGAACCUGUUAAUAAUGAAGAUAAAGCUGUAGUGGAUGAUCUAAUGUCGGAACUUGAAGCACUAGCACCAAGUAACGACGAUAAACAAAGUGAGAGUAAGGAAAGAACAGAAGUAAAAUCUAGAUCAGAUAGACGUUCAAAAAGUCCACAUAGAAGCAGAAAACGCGAAAGAGAACGUAGUAAAGAACGAAAUCGGGAACGUAGUAAAGAACGGAAUCGGGAACGUAGUAAAGAACGAAAUCGGGAACGUAGUCGUGAUCGCCGUUCAUCUUCCAGAUCAAGGCAGCGUAUGGACCGUCGUUCGCGUUCAAGAUCCAGACAUCGUUCUGAUCGCCGUAGAAAGUCAAAUGAACGUCGGCAUCGGUCACGUUCACGCGAACGUAAUGAAAGAAAAAGAAGAUCGAGAUCAAAAUCUAGGGAGCGUACGAAGCGUCGCUCCCGUUCUAGAUCUCAUGAACGUAGUAGAAAACAUCGUUCUAGAUCGCGUUCCCAUGAACGCCGCCGUGACAGUAAAAGAGAACGAAAAGCAACGCCAACUCCAAUGCCUGACGACCCUGAGCCAGGCAAUAUUUACAGUGGUAAAGUUGAGAAUAUUGUUCCAUUCGGUUGCUUUGUACAACUGUUUGGUCUUCGCAAACGUUGGGAAGGUUUGGUGCAUAUAUCACAGUUGCGCUCAGAGGGACGGGUAACAGAUGUUACAGAAGUUGUGCACCGUAAUCAAACAGUUAAAGUAAAAGUAAUGUCCAUAACUGGACAAAAAGUUUCACUUUCAAUGAAAGAGGUUGAACAGGAAACGGGUAGGGAUUUAAAUCCACUUUCCCAUGCACCACCGCCAGAGCAGGAACAUAGGGACCGCAAUCCGGAUAGACCAUUUAGUAGUAGUACUUCCUUGCUUAAUUUAAAGGGCGGAAAUAUGGAUAACGAUGAAAACGAAUCGCGUAAGCGUGUCACUCGUAUAUCUAGUCCAGAACGUUGGGAAAUUAAACAAAUGAUAAGUUCUGGUGUGCUUGAUCGUAGUGAGUUACCCGAUUUUGAUGAGGAAACGGGGUUAUUGCCCAAAGAAGAAGACGACGAAGCUGAUAUAGAAAUUGAAAUUGUUGAAGAAGAACCACCAUUUUUAUCUGGUCACGGUCGUGCAUUGCAUGAUCUCUCACCUGUACGCAUAGUUAAGAAUCCAGAUGGUUCACUGGCACAAGCAGCUAUGAUGCAGUCAGCACUUUCUAAAGAACGUCGGGAACAAAAAAUGUUACAACGCGAACAAGAUAUGGAUGCGUUACCAGCUAGCUUAAACAAAAAUUGGAUUGAUCCUUUACCUGAAGAAGAUAGUCGUACAUUGGCAGCAAAUAUGCGUGGUAUUGGUGCUGCACCCAUGGAAGUACCAGAGUGGAAGAAACAUGUCAUUGGUGGCAAAAAGUCAUCCUUUGGUAAAAAAACUGAUAUGUCUUUAGUAGAACAACGUCAAUCACUUCCAAUUUAUAAAUUGCGAGAUGAUCUUAUUAAAGCGGUGUCUGAUAAUCAAAUUCUAAUUGUUAUCGGUGAAACGGGUUCAGGCAAAACAACUCAAAUUACUCAAUAUUUAGCUGAAUGUGGGUUCACAGCACGAGGAAAAAUCGGUUGUACACAACCUCGACGAGUUGCUGCUAUGUCCGUAGCAAAACGAGUGGCGGAAGAAUUUGGUUGCCGUUUGGGGCAGGAAGUUGGUUACACAAUACGUUUUGAAGACUGCACAAGCUCAGAAACUGCAAUAAAAUACAUGACAGAUGGUAUGUUAUUGCGAGAAUGUCUAAUGGAGUCUGACCUGAGAUCAUACUCGGUUAUAAUGUUGGAUGAGGCGCACGAACGUACCAUACAUACUGAUGUCUUAUUUGGAUUACUAAAGACUGCUGUACAAAAAAGACCGGAAUUAAAACUCAUUGUAACUUCUGCUACGUUAGAUGCUGUCAAAUUUUCACAGUACUUUUUCGAAGCACCCAUAUUUACUAUACCUGGUCGUACAUUCCCUGUUGAAGUACUAUAUACUAAAGAACCAGAAACGGAUUAUUUAGAUGCUUCAUUGAUUACUGUAAUGCAAAUACACUUACGUGAACCACCUGGAGAUAUACUACUCUUCUUGACGGGUCAAGAGGAAAUUGAUACUGCUUGUGAAAUACUCUAUGAACGAAUGAAAAGUUUAGGUCCUGAUGUGCCCGAGUUAAUAAUAUUACCAGUCUAUUCUGCCUUGCCUUCAGAAAUGCAAACACGUAUUUUUGAUCCGGCACCUGCGGGUAGUCGAAAAGUGGUUAUAGCCACAAAUAUCGCCGAAACAUCUCUGACGAUUGAUGGAAUAUUUUAUGUAGUUGAUCCCGGGUUUGUUAAACAAAAAGUCUACAAUUCAAAGACUGGUAUGGACUCAUUGGUAGUUACACCAAUUUCGCAGGCUGCUGCUAAACAAAGAGCUGGUCGCGCCGGGCGUACAGGACCUGGUAAAUGUUAUCGGUUAUAUACUGAACGUGCUUAUAGGGAUGAAAUGUUGCCAACCCCAGUACCAGAAAUUCAACGAACUAAUCUGGCUAUGACUGUGCUGCAACUUAAAACAAUGGGCAUAAAUGACCUUUUGCAUUUCGAUUUUAUGGAUGCGCCGCCUGUUGAGUCAUUAGUGAUGGCAUUGGAAAAUCUACACUCACUUUCGGCACUCGAUGAUGAAGGUUUACUAACACGUUUGGGAAGACGGAUGGCAGAAUUUCCUUUAGAGCCGAAUCUUUCGAAAAUGCUUAUUAUGUCUGUAGCUUUGCAAUGCUCCGAUGAGGUAUUAACUAUUGUCUCCAUGUUGAGUGUACAAAAUGUAUUUUACAGACCUAAGGAUAAACAAGCACUAGCAGAUCAGAAAAAAGCGAAAUUUAACCAAGCUGAAGGUGAUCAUUUAACGUUACUUGCGGUUUACAACAGCUGGAAAAACAAUAAAUUCUCCAAUGCAUGGUGCUAUGAAAAUUUUGUACAAAUACGCACACUGAAACGUUCACAAGAUGUUCGAAAGCAGCUGCUUGGUAUUAUGGAUCGACAUAAACUGGAUGUUGUAUCAGCGGGAAAAAAUUCUGUACGCAUACAAAAAGCAAUAUGUUCAGGUUUCUUUAGAAAUGCUGCGAAAAAAGAUCCCCAGGAAGGUUAUCGUACUCUGGUAGACUCUCAAGUUGUUUACAUACAUCCGUCAAGUGCUCUCUUUAAUCGACAACCGGAAUGGGUUAUAUAUCACGAGCUUGUACAAACUACUAAAGAGUACAUGCGAGAAGUAACCACCAUCGAUCCUAAAUGGUUGGUGGAAUUUGCACCAUCUUUCUUUAGGUUCUCUGACCCCACAAAAUUAAGUAAAUUCAAGAAAAAUCAACGUCUUGAACCUCUCUAUAAUAAAUAUGAGGAGCCAAAUGCUUGGCGUAUAUCCAGAGUUAGAAGGAGAAGAAAUUAAAAUCCAUAUAUCAUUUAUUAAUGAUAAAGAUUAUAUUUGCAUGUUCGUAUAAGUUUAAAUAAGAUUUAAUGUUAGAAAAAAUAUAAUAACUUUUUCUCAACGAUUUAAUUGUUAAUUAAUUGCAUUAUUUCUUUAAACAAUUAAAAUUAUAUAU